CUCACCGUGGAGCAGUGGGAAGCCUUCGCAAAAGCUGUCCCUGCAAUUGAGGAUGCCGUAAACAAGAUGGCUGAUGAAAAUUUGCGAAUGAUCCGUGCUUCGUUGCCUGAGGCUGUUGAGGCUUGUAUAGAUGCUGCUGGACAUGAGUUUGAUGUGUCUAGACAACGUACAUUACUAAGGGCUGCUAGUUAUGGCCGUGCAUUUUGCAGCCAGUUUCCACGUGAUUGAUUUCAAGAAAUGUGCAAAACUCUACGUGUUCUUAAUGCUGUUCGGAACCAUGAAAUUGGCAUUCCACUGAGCAUCCAACAAUAUAAGCUUCUUACAGCGCCAGUUUUGAUUUGGCGUUUGAUUAAUUCCUACAACCACCUUCUCGCUUUGAGGGUCUCUGAGUAUCUUAAUUUGAAUCCAGAAGUUAUUAUAAUGCACUGGACAUGCACAAAGAUAUCAGCUUCUACAGCCAUUGAUGAUGCUUCUCUGCUGAACAUUUUAUUGGAUAAGCUGAAGUUGUGCAAAGGUAUAUCCUAUGCUACAAUUGCAGCUCAUGCUGAUAACAGUGGGCGGCGGAAGUUAGCUGCCAUGUAUGUGGAUCAUGAACCGCUGUCUUCCAAACAGGUUCCUUUGUUGCUAAGCAUUGGGGAAGAGGAUACAGCUCUGGUAAAAUCUACUGAAAGUGGUGAUACUGACCUUGUAUAUCUUGUGUUGUUCCAUAUCUGGCAGAAGAAGCCAUCUUUAGAUUUUUUUGGAACAAUAAAUGCAAGACCUUUAGCUCGAGAUCUGUUCAUCACAUAUGCUAGAUAAGGUUGUGUAUCAUGU